AUGAAUGAUGAGCUCUCUCUCAUAAAGGUUGCUUAUGUAAUACAUGAAAAUCCCAUAUCAAUUCUUUCAAUUAUUCAAAAUCAACUCAUUCGUUACGUAUCAUUAGUACUGCUCGUCACUGGCACAAUAGGUAAUAUUCUUAAUUGCUUUGUUUUUACACGUCGUUGCCUUCGAUAUAAUUCGUGUUCACUCUACUUUUUUGCAACGAGCAUUACUAAUUCGAUAGGACUCUAUUGUGCUUUUAUUGCACGUGUAUUAAUCACUUUCGAUAUCUAUGCAACAUCAUCUCAGUCGUCUGUCUAUUGCAAAACUCGAACAUUUUUUACCUACAUGCCUCUAUCGGCAUCAGCAUGGUUUAUAGUAGCAGCAUGUGCUGAUCGAUUUGCAUCAAGUUCAUCGAGUGCUCGAAUGCGUUCAUUUAGUCAAACUAAAGUUUCUCAACGAGUCAUUUGUGGUAUCGUUGUUAUUGCAUGUCUUGUUUGGGCCGAAAUGUUCGUUUGUUUUAAUGGAAAUGCCAACGGUACCACUUGUGCUCCAGCAACACCAUUUUGUAAUACAUUCAAUAAUUUUAAUCUACUGAUUUCUUAUAGUCUUCUUCCGCCAAUAUUCAUGUUUAUAUUCGGAUGGAUGACUAUUCUGCAUGUACGUCAUCGGCCGAUCCAUCGACAAUCGAGUUUAAGAGGUCGUCAACUCACUAUACUUCUUAUUGUUCAAGUUGUGUGCGUCACCUUUCUAUCGUUACCAUUUUCUAUUCAGAAAAUUUAUUUGCAAUUUACCGCUAAUCAAAUGAAAAGUUCACAACGUAUUGAAAUAGAAAAUUUUCUUGGUACAGUUGCCACUCUUAUCAUUUUAAGCAAUACGUCGAUGUCGUUUUACAUGUUUACACUUACGAGUAAAGUAUUUCGAAAAGAAUUAAAACCUUUAUUAUUAUUCUGGAGUCAACGACGAGCAGAUGUUGAACCUAUUCAGUCAACGACAAGAACGACAAGAUAG